CAAAGUCAUGUCAUAAUUUUUCUAUAAUUUAAUAUUAAUUAAUUAAAAGUAUAAUAUCUUUUAUUCAUUACCAGUGGCUUAGAUUUUUUUAAUUGAUUUUUUCAUCUGAUAUGAAAAGAUGUCGACUAUUAAAAUAUUUCCUUCCUUAAUCAAUAUAUGUAAACGAGGAAUAAGCACAACAUCACCAGUUUAUGGAAAACGUAAUUUUAGGAAGUUUCUUUUAUAUAAUAAGAGAGGAUCACGAAUAUUUAAAAAACAACAAAUAGAAAAUCCUGACCCCGAUGUACCAAUUGAUAAACGAGGUGUUAAAGACACUGGAUACACAAUAAAUGGAAAAUAUGUAGAAAUUCCAGAACUUAUCCCUGAACUAAUCGUGCCAGACUUGACUGAUUUCAAAUUGAAACCUUAUGUCUCAUAUAAAACUCCUGAAGUAUACCAAACAAAAUUCACAAGCAAAGAUUUGUUCGAUGCUGUUUAUAGCAAGAAAAUUAUAGAAGAUUUUAAGGCAGGAAAAUUAGAUGAAAAUGGAAAUCCAUUAGAACCAUCCAUUGAAGAAAAAUUAACACCAGAAGAAGCUAAAAUUAAUGCUAGGAAAACAGGUUCAGAUAUAUUCUAA